GAUUUUGAGCAAAUGAAUCCCGAUGAUGCUGACGAUGGAAAUCAUGAUGAUGAUGCUGAUGACGAUGCCUGAGAGCAAAUCACGGGGUUGAGAUUACGUACGGAGCGCUUGCCGCUUCACAGGGUGAUGAAUAUGAAUUGAGGACGACCACGGGCGCACGGCACGGCGUCAUCAUCAUCGCCGCCGUCAUCCGUCGUAACGGAUGCUGUACGUACCUUGGUUUGUGUGCGGGAACCAAAUGCAACCGGUGUGGCCUAUGGGACAAGGGUUCUCGAUUGUUACACAGCCCAUUCGCUAGCGUUGACUCGUCCUGUACGGUGCCGAGUCCGAGUCGUCCCUAUUACGGAGGAGCCGCGAAGGAAGCGCGCAGUGUCGUUCUGGUGCAGUGUGUGUGGCAUGGUCCUCUCGUGUGUUUGUUGGUAGCAGUAGCGAUUAGUUAUUUAUUGGUUUUGCAAUUAAGGCAAGCGUGGUGUGCAAUUUUCGAUUACUUUCUGAUCAAUGCAGCAAGGUCCGAGUAGGUCGUGAGAAGUGUAAUUUUACUUCUUUUGAUACAAUCGUUGGGGAAGAUCCUGCAAAGAAAGCCAGUGCUCGUGGAAUAGAAAUUGUUUUUAAAGUGUUCGAAUUGUGUUUUUGAAAGGGUAAAUUGCUGUGUGUGUGUGUGUGUGUGUUUCUGUCCGUGUCUGUUCACUUCUUUUACUCCCAAAUGUUCUUCGUACAAAGAUCGCGCUUGUAGUGAAAAUAGUGACCAAACAUCCCGGUUUUUUUCGGGAGGUGAGAGUACAAUCAUGUCCACGGCCAUGUCGACAGCGUUCAUGGUGGACAGUCUGCUGCAGGGCAAGGACUCUCCGAGCGACCAUGGGUCCAGCCCGGUACACGCAACGCCGGGCGUGACGCACGGUGAUGCCGGCUCGCUAGCCUCCAUCUCGGACAGUGACGAGUUUGACGAACCGAAAGACUCCAGCAGUCUGUGUGACUCGCCAAAAAGCUUCCACAGUCUGCACCAUCCGGCAAGCGAACAUCAGCUGCAGCUCCAUCAUCAUCAUCUCCAUCACCACCAUCACCAUCAUGCACUGUUGGUGCAGCAGCAGCAGCAGCAGCAGCAGCAGCAACAGCAGCAUCACCACAAUUCGUCCUCAUUCUCGGACGACGAGCUGCCGGCGGCCGGACCUCCGGUUUCCCUCAGUGCGGGUGUGAGACGACCAGGUGCAACGUUUCGAGCCCACCCGGACCCGGACGGUGUGGCGGCGCUGGAGCCGAUGGAUUUUGUCUGUGCCAAGUGUGGCCACUGCCAGGCGGACCUGAACCCCGCGGCCGCUCGGGAGGGCAGUCCCAUGGUGGUCGGUGGGGACGGUGGGGGAGAUAAGCGGGCGGGGGAAAAUAACAACAAUCACAGCAAGGAGGAGGAGGAGUGCGAUAGUGUUGUGACCGAGCGGCGUGCCGGUGACGGUGAGGGGAUUGGUAGUGAGUACGAGUUUCGGUGUGAAAAGUGCGGGUUCGGGGAGUACGUGGUGCCGGGGAAGCAGACCAUCCUGAAGGAGAGCAGCAAACCGGUGCUGAAGUUCAGUGUGUCCGCCAUACUGGGCGACAGGAAGGAGUGUGUUAAAGUUAGGAAUGAAUUUAUUCAACCACAGCACCUUUGGCCUUACAUUCAGCAGAACCUGAUCCAACAGAACCACUUGGCGAACCCGGCCUUCCUCGGCGCCCAUCCGCACCAUCCGCAUCAUCCUCACCAGCAAUUACCCCCGCAUCAUCAUCAUCCACACCAUCACCCGCAUCAUCAUCAUCCCCACCACCACCAUCAUCAACCGGGCACACAUCCUCUAUCACCUCAUCAGCAGCAGCAGCAACAUCUUACCGUUGGACCCAACGGUAGCCCUACUGGAGGACAUGUAACUAACAACAGCAGCAGUAAUAGUAGUGGUGGUGGUGGUGGACCCCACCACCACCUGCACAACAGCAACAGCAGCAACAGUACGAGCGAGUCGGGCAGCCUGCCCAACAGCCCGGAACUGCAGGAACCGUCGGCCACCGGGUCGGGUCCGAGAGAUAAUAAAAUCAUUGCGAAACCACUUCCGAGUCGACCGACGCCCUUUCUGCACCACAGCCUCAACCAUCCGCAUCUGCACUCGCUGUUGGCCCACUGCCGCAAUCCUUACAUGCCAGGUGGACCACAGGUUUUUCCGCUACCUCCCGGGCAGGGAUUCCCCUGGGCACACUCGACGCGAGGGAAGCCCCGCCGGGGGAUGAUGCGCCGAGCCGUCUUUUCCGACUCCCAACGGAAGGGACUGGAGAAGCGGUUUCAGCUGCAGAAGUACAUCAGCAAGCCGGACCGGAAGAAGCUGGCGGAACGGCUCGGCCUGAAGGACUCCCAGGUAAAGAUAUGGUUUCAGAACCGUCGCAUGAAGUGGCGCAACUCGAAGGAGCGCGAGCUGCUCGCGAACGGUGGCUCCCGCGACCAAACGCUCCCGAACAAGAACAACCCCAACCCGGACCUGUCGGACGCCCGCACCGACCGGCAAACGUCGCUCUCACCGCCUCCCCCCGCAUCACCCCCGCAAGGAUCGACGCCACACGAUGGGCAACCACCGCCUCAGCCCACAACCCCGUCGGCCUCUCCCAAACCGGCCCCAACGGCUCACCAACAGCAGGGCGCAGCACCACAACCACCGCCACCGCCGAUGCUUACCUUCAAGUCCAAGUUUGAGCUGCUGAAACCGAGCGCCGUGGCCGGCGGUGCCGGUGCUGACUUUAAAUUCGACUUUGAGGAUCAGGUGGCGGGAGGGAAUCGACCCCCCGGUGGACACUUCCCGAUGGGUGGCUUUUACCCGGGUGCGACGGAUCCGGCCGUCGGGUCGGGCCGAUCGAACAGUAGCGCCUCGUCGGAGCUGCAGUCGGGAGCGCAGGCCAUGUACUACGACGAGUACGAGUCGGCGGGCGACUCGGACGAUAGCGAUGAGGAGAUUAAUGUCACGUGACCUGAUACAAGCGACGAUGAGCUGAUGGGGCAGGGUGCUCCCCGGGCCGGAUGUAAAUAGAAAGGAAAUGAAGAGACAAAUGAUCAGAAAACACAUAGGAACAGAGUUUUGCAUAAAAUGUACGAAAAUGUGUGAUGUACCAUAGAGGAUCGAGGGGGGAAGGAUUAAGCCGUUACUUCAGUCAGUGCGUCUAGUUGCUAAGUAUUUAUUGCGCGAACUUUAAUGAAUUUGUACCACUGGUUUAACAACUUCUUUCCAAACACAAUUCAAUCAAUCAAUCCACAGUACACGAACAAACACGCCCUAAAGCCAAUGGUCGGAGAUGUGGCGGCUGGGAAAGAUUACACAGAAUUUCAAAUAAAUGUAAUUCCUGCACUAAAGCUAAACAAAACUUCGAUGCAAAUUGAAGAGUGUUCUUUUUUAAGAGGAUUGGAUUUGUCAUGAAAAAAUGUUGAGAAACGAAGUCAAAUUAAUUUGUGGAUUAGCGAGGAAUUAAACAAGCUGUGGGGUUCAUGUUCACCUAUGAGUCAUGUUUCCAAUACUCCGAUAGACAGUGUCUUGUACGAAGAAUUGAGGCAUAAACAAUUAUAUGAUCUACUGCAUGAACAAGUAAUCGACGGAUGGUUUCAAUUUCCCAAAUUUAAUUCUAUCAGAUAUAUUUUGUUAUGCAAAGCUCGCUAAAAACGGUUCUAUCCAUUUCAAAACCGUAUAAGCUUGGACAUUUCACAGCUAGAUGGCGCUGUCGAGCAUACUAAUGCGUGAAUUUGAAUCAUAGAUGGCGCUUUUUGCACAGUAGGAAUGGUGAGGACGUAUGAAAAGCAGCAGUGUUUCUUGGGUUCAUGUUCACAAGCGAGCUACUUGCGUGUAUUACCAUCGUUUCUUUGGUCGUUUAUUAUGUUUUUUGAUUAAUUUUGAUUCUUUGCAAUAAUUUUUAUCUUUUCAUCAAUUUUUUCUAUCGAUUCUUUCUAUUUAAUUGAAUUACAGUAGAACGUCGAUUAUCCGGGGGCGGAUUAACCGGCGGGCGGUUUAACCGUGCACAUAAAUGUGACAGCUGUUCAAGCGUUCAGCGAACAUUUGCAGCGUUAGCCAACUGGGCAACCAGUUUUUUGUACAGCU